AUGUGGAACCCGUGCUUCUGGCGCGCCGUCCUGGGCCUGCACAACCUGCACAGGCACGGCCCCCACACGGCCAAGAGGAGGAUCAGGAGGAUCCUGGUGCACUCGGAGUUCAAGAGCGAGACCUUUGAGAACGACGUGGCCGUGUUCGAGCUGAGCUCGGCCGUGCAGUCCAGCCUGCACAUCCAGCCCAUCUGCCUCCCGCCCGCGCCGCUGCAGCCCCAGCUGGAGAACGGCUCCGACUGCUACGUCAGCGGCUGGGGCCGCACCGCCGAGAAGGGUAAAAUCUCACCUGUGCUGAAGGAAGCCCGGGUGGAAAUCCUCCCUCCCAGCCUGUGCAACAGCUCCGAGGGCUACGCGGGGCUCAUGGACCACAGGGUGCUCUGCGCCGGCGCCUGGGCCGGGGGCACCGACACCUGCCAGGGUGACAGCGGGGGCCCCUUGGUGUGUUACCACCCCGACAGGUAUUACCUGAUCGGCAUCGCCAGCUUCGGCGUCGGCUGCGGCCGCCCCAAAUACCCCGGGAUCUACGUCCGGCUCUCCCAGUACAGGACAUGGAUCAAGGCAAAACUUAAGCUGACCAGCAGGACUCCAAAACCCACGAGCACCACGCUCACCCUCCUCCUGACUGUGGCACACACGGUGCUCACCCAGACCUUCUAAGAGGGGCAAACCCAGCGUGGCACCGGCGCGGAGCUCGGCCCUGCCGGG